AGAAGAAGGCAGAGUCUCGCGCUCACGUUGAUGCGAUACUCCUCUUCUUUCGCUCUUUCCUUCUAGCCAAAAACGUAGAAACAUCUGUGCGUGCCGCCGGCAUUUGCGGUGCGCCGCCGCUUCACGCAAUGAUUCGCCGAACCGCGCCGUGGCGCGUCUACGAGAGGUUUGAGGGACACAUUUCCGGCGACAAAGGCCACAUGACGCUGCAGCAGGCCUGCACCAUCUUCGGCUUCCAGCUAAACGACGAGUGGAAGAAGAAGGACGUCAAGAAGCGUUUUCAGAAGCUUGCCUUGAAGUUUCACCCCGACCACGGCGGCACCAGCGAGCAAUUCCAAAUGCUGAAGGAAGCGCAGCACCUGCUGCUCACCCACCGCCACGACCGCGGCACCGACCGCGCCCCACCCGGCAGCAAAACCGACGCGGGCGGCGGCGUAAACUUUCGACGCAUGAACUACGAUAAUUUGACCAACACGAUUCAUCGCCAGACAGCUGACAGGCCGGAGUACCGCUCCUUUAGUCUGCAGGACGUCAUCCUCUUCCUCAUCUUCUUCUCGUGCGUGGGCGGCUACUACGUCUACAAGACUUACACAACGCAGAUGCGGGUACUGAGGAGCCGGUGGAGCUACUCAGAGGACGCGAUCCGCGACGACUACAAAGGCAAGACAGUGUCGGAGACGGCGUGGCAUCCGUGGAUGGCGGACUCCGAGACACGAGACCGCAUGGACGACAUCGCAGUGCUGCAGGGCAGCGUGCGCCGCGAGCUGGUCGACGCGAAGCGCAAGGAGACGCCGCUAGUGUACACGCCGUGGCAGUCAGGUGGGCCCUUUGCACGACACAUGGCCCCGGCACAUCCGACAGCUACGACGGAAGGAGAGCCGCCUGCCGAGGCGCAGCAUCCAACACCCUAA